CUUGAGACGGACUUACGAUACCUACGGUCCCUCAAUUGAGCGCACCAGCGAUUUUUCUCCCGUCCAACACGCAGCACCGAAAGUUCAUCCAAUAGCGACAUUCAAAUCAACAUGCUCUGCGUGCGCUGUCUCCGCGGCAGUGCCGUCGGCGCCUUGUCUCGGGGUGUUUCUGCCUCUGCUCGACCAGCUACGUCCAUCGGCGCUGGAAAUGCUACGAAACGGUCUCUUACAAUCCCAACUCUCUUCCGUCCACGUCUGAGCUAUCCUCGCGCUUCUCCCUCCAUUUCUACCGCCGUCUCCGCUGGCCCCGCUGGCACCGCCUCCGAAGCUACUUCAUCUUCCUCAAUCACAAAUGCCGCGAGUGCUGCGACGGGCAUCUUCUCCGCCGGUAUCCCGAAACCGUCAACCCACCCGGCCAUGGCAGGCACGCAGCUGCGUACCGUCGUGCGCAAUACGUUCCGGCCCAGCCACCGCGUGCGCAAGCGGCGACAUGGCUUCCUUGCGCGCAGACGUAGCCGGACUGGACGACAGACUUUGACGCGGAGACGAGCGAAGGGCCGGGGAGACUUGAGUCAUUAGCCUGUUGUUUCCAAGUCUUACUAGUCUGUUCGUUUUCCAAGUCUUAUUCGUCUGAUCUUUCCUUCAAGUCUUAUUAGUUCUUAUUAUUUUCUUUCCAUUUCUUUUCUUUCCCCUUUUCUUUGGUUUGUGUAUUAUAGAAUGUCGUCUGUGACGGGAUUGUGAUAGAACCUGCAGCUA